UUGCCGGAGGGUGUACGCCACGGUGCAAUAAAACUCUGCGGUGUGUGCUCACAGUGCCUGUGCGAUGGGCAGCCUCCAGAAUAGCAUCGGGGCCGAACCGAGAACUGGACGUGAGAGCCCGCCUGCCACUUUCAGUGAACUUGGAAUACGCACGGGCCCGGAUCUGCGGAACACAACUCUUUUUGGGCCGAUCAAACGACUGAGUGCUGUAUCUAAAAUAGAAUGGGAAUUUUUCACCAUCUCUUUGCUGAGCCUCCUAGUGUCCCUAGGUUUCACAGUGGAACGUCUGAUAAGCUUAAAAAAGAACACGGACGAUUAUACUUUUGCCAUCAUGUUAUGCUUCACAUCAUUAUUCUGUUUCUUCUACAUCGUGCAUGGGAUUCUAAAGGAAAGAUACCAUGAAAUUGCCAUCUUCAUCUUUAGCAGUAUUCUUCUACUUGUGUAUUUGAUCCUCAACGUUGUAUCUCCAAGCGAGACUCCUGAACCGUCAGUUCUGAAAAAGGUGCGGCUGGGUGUGGCUGUCUUUUUUUUACUUGGAAUCGUUUGCCUAGGUGGGCAAGUAGCGCAUGCUUACUGGAGUGAGCGCAGGCUGCUUUUCCGCAUCAACGCCGCGGAACAAUUGCAAGCCAUGCUCGGAUGGCUUUUCCUUUGCUCCUCCCUCAUCUUCUUCGACGUCCAGCUACAGGGCACCAUGCUCAUCUUUGUCAUGAACCACGGUACAGAUUUGAGUCAUACCGAGAUCAUUGUGCUGUCCGUUGGACCAGUUGUAACCGUGGUCUGGGCCAUUGCUGGGGAAUGCACUAUUCGCAAGGAAAGCAAGAUCUGGCUAUCCAUUUUUGUACUUCUAUGGCUCCCUAAUGUUGUCUACAUAAGCCUGAAGCUAUAUGAUCUGGAGCCCAGUGAAUCGUGGACCGUUUUGUACAAGGCUACGAUUGCAUGCGCUGUGGUUGCUCUGCUUAUUCGCUUGACUUUGGCUUUCACCAUGUACAAGGUGGUGCGCAACUUUGGCCAUGGGCUAAAGAAAUAUUGGGAGUCAUUGGUACCAAUCGGGCACGAUCAACUGAGCGCACUGGAGAUGGAGAAGGAAGCGUGAUCUGGCUCCAAACUACACUGUGUGCAGUAGGACUUUCCACCUGUGCAUAUCAAGAGUGCUCUUGUAUGGAUGAUUGAGGGCUAGUGCUAUGUAGCCUUCGGACAUACCAUGCUGAAUGCGCCAGUUCUUGCCCAGCGCUAUGUGCCAUACCGCUCACAACACGAGCAUUUGGAAGCAACCAACAAACAUCAAAGUGCUCUUUAAGUCAUGAUGUUGAAGUUUGUAUGUUUCUAUGCAUUACUGUUGACAAAACUGCCAUCUUGCAAAGUACUAUACUCUCGCUGUGAAUAGACUGAAGCCCAUGACCAAAUGUAGCCACAGUCAUGUUGUGAUCAUGAGAUUGUUAGCUUAGUGUCGCAUACUUUGGUUCCAAUACUUUGGAUAUGAAUGAAACUGUUAAAGAUACCUUGUGUUCCAGGUCUCGUUUGCCAGGAAGUGUGAACUGAAAGCAGAGAAGUGCAGUGACAUUUCAUGUAUUAUAUACCGCACAGGUGGCUUUCAUUCCAUGUUAAGCAAACAGGCUCCUAGUGUCACUGUUGUUUUUUCUGAACCUUCAGGAAACAUUGUGUUUGACAUCCUUGGUCAUAUGCCACCGUGUUUCGUUUGCUAACAGUUCACACAUUAUGUUGUUCACUGUUUAUAUGGCCAUCUCAGAUUCUGCUGAGUGAUUGCUAGCUCAUCAAAGCCUAAGGUUGAGCUAGUUCAAGUGCUACUAAAAUUCAAUAGUACUGCACAUCACUAAAAUAUACUUUGGGUGCCUGUAUGUAAGCAAUGCCUCUUAUAUGCUUUGUCAGUCAAUCUAGUGGCAAUAUUUUUUUAUUUGUGCUGUGUCUGUACAUUCCUUCCAAUAUGUUUCAUCUUUUUGCACUGGUAAAUUCAUCCUAAUCAUGAACCCACUCACCCAAGCAGCAGUUUUAGAAAUAUUUGUGUUUUGGCAUAUUGCUCCAGAUUCUGUAGACUGCUUGUGCCUUGGCAGUACUCGCCUGUCUGCAUGAGCUCAUUGCUUGUAUUCUUGUGAUUUUGUAGAGUGACAGUUUCUGGUGAGUGCCCAAAUCAUCACAGGGCAUCCAGAAAUGCCUGUGGCAGAAUUAGAACAAAUGUCAAGACUUUGCCUGCUUGAAAAAAAGAACAGAAAGAUGAGGCAUUUAAUCUUGGGAAAAGGACAUUUUGAAGGGCAUUUUCUUCUUUUCAGACAGAUUUUGUCGCUGAAGCGUCACUUUGUGAAAUGGUUUGCCAUGAUAUGAAGAAGGUUUCUAUUUAAAGGAUCCUUAUUUCAGUAUUAAUGGUCAUACUUAGACUGGAAUUAGGCUGGUUUAGCCUAAUUCCAGUCUUGUUUGGACAAACAUAGACUAUCUAUGUCAGUUGAAAGUUUGCAUAGUGUUACAUUGAUUAAAUAUAAGUUUUUCAAGUGUGUUCACAAUUUCGUUUGAAUUAUUUUCAACUUUCCACCUGACCACACUAUUUGGUGCACAUUGUGAUGCAGAGAUCGAACAUGUAGAUUUUUUUUUUUUUCAGAAACACAAGCUGAUUUUAUCAAAACCAGUUCACGUUUUAGACAAAACUAAGCCGUCGAAGGAGACUCCUCAAUAAUUUUUAAAAUGGUAGGCUUGAUUGUCGCCUAAUAUUAAGAUCAUUGUUCUGGUCAAACUUUGCAUUAAUGUGUGGGUCAUCUGUAUUGCAGCAAAACAGUCAUUUGGACUAGUACGUAAUGAUUCAUUCUAAAUGCAAAAAGUGGGGUGCGGUACAAAACAGGGACAAGAAAAGAAGACCUGUGUGCAUCUGCGUUGUCACUAUGACAUGUCACUACUUAAACAUACCCUUGAUGAUUUGAUGCAAGGCAUGUAAUACACAUGCCUGAUGAUUAUUAAAAAUAAGCCUGUAAGUCGGUGAAGAGGAAUCACUAAACAUUUGUGUGUCACGUAAUCAGACAUGCCGCACGUUGUGUGCCUUUAUUCACCAACAUAUUAUAUUUGUGUAUAUUUCUUGUGCAUACCAUACAACAUGCACGCAUUUGUACACUUGUACAAUACAUACUUCAAUAAAUAAAAUUUUUGCCCUCAUUUAGUCUUCUGAGCGCCAGCUAUGGUACUGUUGAAGUCCUGCAUAUCACUCAAAGCUGUGAGCAGCAUUUCGUUACAUUUAGUUACAAGAACUUGUACACAAGAACUUGUGGAAAGCAAGAUUUAAUUCAAAGCAGAUUUUCUUUAGUGGAUAACCAAUAAAAAUAUUGGUUAAUCAAACUUCACUCUCAUUUUCCCUCUCUAACCAUGUAUAUACUAUUAAUGAAAGUUGCAUAUACAAAUCCUCAUGGUUAUGUCACAAUGAGAGCAACAAGUAAAUAUGAUUAUUGAUUUGUAAGAACUUAGUGAAUAUAGGUGUAAACUACCCCCCCCCCCCCC